UAUUUCCUUUCCCUCGUUCCGCCCGCCCAGACGGCGUGCUACAGUGCGACCACCCGUCCGGCUCCGGGUCACCUCCCUCGGGGCUCUGGACCCCAGUGCUAAGCACGGAUUUACCUAAUCGCUCCCCGGCUCACCUUUCCUUGGGUCCUGCCCCUCCUCCACUUCACCCGCUCCUAUCUGCCCUGGGCCCUAUUUUGCACCGCCGCCUCCCCGUCCCCCAUCUCCCCGGGAGAGCUCCGAGCUGGGGAACUAGAAGGCCUUUUCUCCUCAGCUAGGCUUUGGUGCCCGCCGCCCGGCCCCAGGGGGACCUCCCAGCGCGCCAGCCCCCCCGGUCGACCACCUCCCCAGAUGUGCCCAGAUUCAGCUGCCGGGCGCCCUCGGGCCCGCGGGAAGCCCAACAUCUGCAGCCAGCUGAGCAGGCGGGCCCAGGGCUUUUUCACGAAUGAUGCUGGGAUGGUUCAGAGGACAAAUCUGGGGAUCCUGAGGAAGCUAGUGUGCCAGAAAAGCACUAAAUUCAAGAAUGUUUGGACAACUCAUUCUAAAUCGCCUAUUGCCUAUGAGAGAGGAAGAAUAUAUUUUGACAAUUACCGGUGUUGUGUCAGCAGUGUUGCAGCAGAGCCAAGAAAGCGUUAUGAGAUGCCCAAGUGUUCUAAAUCAGAAAAAAUAGAGGACGCUUUAUUGUGGGAAUGCCCUGUGGGGGAUAUACUACCCAAUCCAUCAGAUUACAGAUCCUCCCUUAUAGCACUGACUGCUCAUAAUUGGCUACUUCGUAUAUCUGCAAAUAAUGGAGAAGUAUUGGAGAAAGUUUAUCUUGCCUCUUAUUGCAAGUUCAGAUAUUUGAACUGGGACACUCCCCAAGAGGUCAUUGUUGUCAAAUCAGCUCAGAGCAAAGCCACUGCUCUGGCACGCCAGGCAGGCAUUCAACCGUCUGUGCUGUUGUACUUUGCUGUAUUUCGAGUCAUACCUCUCUCACUUAUAGGAAUGCUGGAGAUCAAUAAGAAAAUUUUUGGGAGUGGUGUCACAGAUGCCACGAUUUCUCAUGGAAUGUUGAUUGUAAUGCAUAACUCAGGACUGAUCAGACUCUAUAGCUUCCAGGCCAUCACAGAGCAGUUCAUGCAGCAGAAACUUGACCUGGGGCGCACAUGCAGAUGGGGUGGGACAUCUGGAACUGUAGGAGAAUCACCUUUUGGCAUUCCUUGUAAUAUUAAAAUCACAGAUACUCCUCCGCUGCUUUUUGAAGUAUCUUCUCUGGAGAACACAUUUCAGAUUGGAGGCUAUCCAUGGCACUACAUCAUCACUCCUAACAAGAAGAAACAAAAAGGCGUCUUCCAUAUUUGUGCACUCAAAGAUCAUUCCUUGGCAAAAAAUGGGAUCCAAGAAAUGAACUGUUGUUCACUCGAAUCUGACUGGAUAUAUUUCCAUCCUGAUGCCUCUGGGAGAAUAAUUCAUGUGGGUCCAAAUCAGAUCAAAAUUUUGAAGUUAAAAGAAAUAGAAAAUAUCAAGACCCAACAUCAGGUCGUUGAAGAUUUUGUCAUUGUGGCUGACAGAGAGGAAAAAACCAAAAGCUUAUUAACUGUUACAGCUUCUGGACGAGUGGUGAAAAAACGUUUUAAUCUCUUGGAUGAUGACCCAGAACAAGAGACUUUCAAAAUUGUAGACUAUGAAGAUGAAUUGGAUUUGCUCUCUGUGGUGGCAGUUACUCAGCUGGACACUGAGGGAAAAGCUCACCUGGAUUUCCACUGUAAUGAACAUGGGACAUUACUCAAGAGCAUUCCAUUAGUGGAGUCAUGGGAUGUGACAUACAGCCAUGAAGUUUACUUCGACAGAGACUUAGUUUUGCACAUAGAACAAAAACCCAACAGAGUCUUCAGCUGUUAUGUUUACCAGAUGGUAUGUGAUGCUGUGGAAGAAGAUGAAAACAUGAGCAGUUGUUAAAAAAAAUGGGGGGGACAAGAAGAAGAAAAAGAUUGUGAUAAUAAUGGUGAUAAUGAUAAUGGUGAUGAGGAGGAAGGGAAUGGAGAACAACUUUAGUCUUUGAGUUGUAGCUCCUGAAACUUUUGACAAAGCACUGAGCUAUGGUUAAGCUCAGACUAAGGCUAAAGUUCCAGCUGACUUUCUUGAGUUGUGAGCCCAGUUUUUAUUCUUUCCUUGAUGGCAACUAGUGGAAAGAAUGUCUGUAGCAGAAAGAAAUGCUGUACACCUCUGUGCUCUCAUACAUGCCACUUGCCAUUCCAACAUCUCUUAUACCACUAUGUUUCCCCAGUGGAACCCAAAAGAGGCAUAACCUGGGAAACAGAGCAGGAAGAACCCAGCAGUCAGAUGCAGGUUAAGUCCCUAAUACUUUUAUGAAAAGAGCUUGUACAGAAAACAUAACAAAGCUCUCAAUGAUAGAAACUAUGUGCCCCAAAUGCCCAUCUGCUCCCUGCCCUCUUUUCCCUUCUCCCAGGAAUAAGCAAAAUAUAGAAAAGAUAGAGAAUACCUCUUUUAACCUCUGUGCCCUGAGGUGGGGGAGCUCUAUAGUUAUGGGUAAAGACUUAUUUUUGAGCCAAAAAUACCUGUUAAUCAGGAUUUUUUUUAAAAAAAAUUUACAUAUGUGUUAUAGGAGCUGUAUUUGUAUACAUAUCAAGAUGAGGUGCUAGUUCCUUUAUACACUCUUUGUAGUGUUGUUUCCCACAGGGUGCUGGUUAUUUGUAUCAUAGACUGAUCUGAAAAGUUUUGUUAUAAAUCUGGAUUUGGAGAAAUAGGGUCUCUUCAUUUCUGAUCAGACAACCAAAUUUAAUCUUGAUUGAAGAUACCAUAAAAUUUUACUGUCACAGAUGGGAUGAUUGGACCUGGGCUCUCCCCACAUUUGGUGGAUCAUCCUCUGCCCUCAUUUUGUCAGAAUCCUUUUGUAAACUACUGCUUCACACUGAUGCAGCUGAUUGGAUAUGCCCUUCGUAAUAGCAGUUCUUUUUACUUCAGAUGUUGAAUAUGAAAGUCCAGGAAGUAUCUACUGAUCUUGGUAAGUUUCUUAAUAGCUGGAGAGAAUGAGCCUUCUGCCAAAUUUCUAGUUUAAGAUAAUGGAGCAUUCAUCCUUCUCUGUCAUAACAGAUAUGAAUCAGGGUCCUUGGAGAUUACUAAAGACUCCCCUUUGUUCAAGAUGUGGAAUAAAAGGUAGCCUAAGCAAAGGGAGGAUUUUUGUGUGGUUCCUGUUUCAGAGAUCCAAUUGCUUGCCAUCCACAUGUUCAACACAUUUCCUUACUUCAUCUUCAAAGACAUUUAAAUUUAAUUCUGGCAAAUACAAAAGGGAAGGAAGUAGUCCAAAGAAUCAUAAACAUAUUCAAGUGCAGGAAGGUUUUAAUAUUAGAGUGAACUCUUUGGUCAUUUAAAUGAAUAUCUUUAACAGUCUUCUUGUCCAGAUUUAGCCUACUCCCAUAUGAUGAGGGACAUCAGUCUUGCCUUUAUAUUCUGCCUUUAGAAAUUUAAAAAUAAAAACCAAAUCUACAAACAUCUUUAGAGCUAAAGAAAGACAGAUGUCAAAUACUCCCUGCUUAGUGGAGUAGGCAAUAGAACUGGAAGGUUAAAAUAAAAUAGAGCCAAUUCCCAUUAUCAAAACAAAAAAAAAAAAGUGACGUCCUUAAUAGAAAAGGAAGUAAUUAUCUCGGAUGUUUUGAAAUUAGGAACAAGAAGAAUAGAGUGGAAAAAAAUCUUUCUGGCCCUAUUAUUGUAAUAUGUAACACUCUGAAAUAGUAUGAGUGAUUGUUUCCUGUGUAAAUCUUACUUACUUACUUAUAAUAAUAUGCAUAAAUUUUUAUCUCAUAAAUCUUACUUAAUGAGAUAAAAAUUUAUGCAUAUUAUUGAAUUGUUGUAUUUUCCUGUAUCUGCUAAUUGAAGAAAGCAUUCUUCCCAAAGCUUGAUAAAUAACAACAUUUAAUAUAAUGCUUCUGAGGAAUUCAGAGCAAAUAUACUUUUGUUGGUAGCAAUAGGUCAAGAUUAAGAUUAUAAUGAAGCAGUGAUGUGUCUGCUGUUUGCUUGGUGCUAUCCCAAAUACAAUUAAAUACAAACUGUAUCUAAGUACAGACUAAUUCAAUCAUUUUAUAAACAAAAAGUACAACAAGGGAACUGAGUAAGAAUAUUCCAAAGAGAAAGACAAGUGCCAGAUACCAGGGGGAAAAAAGACUAGAGUUUGGGACACCUCAAAUCAUAUUCAAGAACAGAACAUUAACUGACAACUCCUUUUUUCCAAGAUUGUUUCAGAGAAGCAUAACUUUGUACUACGAGCCUCAAAGUCUUUGUUGAAAUCAAAUCAAGUGAACAAGUAUUUACUUACUAAGCACCCACUGUAUAUCAUGCACUGUGCUUAAUGCUGGGGAUAUAAAGAAGGACUAAAACUUCCUCCCAAAAACCCAGUGUUUGCUUUCAAGGACCUCACAGUUAAGUCUUUCCUUCAGUCAUGUUUGUUUGUUUUGCAAAGUGUUUUUAGAAGAUUUUGUGUGGACUUUUCGUUUUGAAAAAGGUUAAAUUUGUAAUCUAAAGAAAUGUUGUUGAGCUGAAAAAGACCAUUAAGAAGCCAUUUAAUGAUCAUUUCCUCACCUUUCAGAAGACAUAUCUUUCUUGACUUCUUUACACCAAAGUGUAGGUUCUUUAUAUGUAAGCUGAGUACUUUUUACAUACAUGUUCUGUCCUAAAAUUGUAAAACUUGAGUAGAUUUGGGGUAAGCUGAUGCUAAAAUAAAUUGUUACUUUACUUGUCUAUAGAAUAAAAAUAGCGCUGGGUAUGGACAGAAAACAGAAAUCCUGAGUUCAAAUCCAACCCGUGACACUAACAAUACCAGUGUGAUUUUUAGGUAAAUCAUUUUAUCUUUAUCCUUUAUUUCCUCUUCUACAGAAUGAGAGUAUUGGAGUAUAGAUGGCUUCUGAUGUCUCUUCAGGCUCUAAAUCUAUGAUACUGUGAUACACAUAUAUAUGUAUGCACGUAUGUAUAUGUAUGUAUGUAUGUAUAGCUAUCUGUGCAGUAAUGGUAUAAAGAAAACCACAUUCUAAUGAAUAUUAUCAUAAACUGAUGUGGCUAUUAUAAAUUCUGUUGAUUGAAGAAGCUUAUGUGCAAAUCUAUUAAAGAGUCCCUUUCCACUUAGCCAAUCUGUUUAAUGAAAAUGUUGUCUUUGGUGUUGUAUUUAUAUAGUAAUUGUCUUUGAUGAUCUAAAGGUUGUUAAAUGGCUUUAAUAAAAUUUUAUAUGUUUUUUAAAA